AUGCCAGUGCCCUCUCCUCCUCUUCCUACCAGAAUGCUUUACUUCCAGAUGGUGAUCAUGGCAGGGACCGUGAUGCUGGCUUAUUACUUCGAGUACACCGACACCUUCACGGUCAACCUGCAGGGCUUCUUCUGCUACGAGAGCGCCUACCGCAAGCCUUACCCGGGCCCGGAGGAGAGCAGCGCGGUGCCCCCCGUGCUCCUCUACUCGCUGGCGGCGGGGGUGCCAGUCUUGGUGGUUAUUGUUGGAGAAACUGCAGUGUUUUGCUUACAGAUGGCCACACGGGAUUUUGAAAACCAAGAAAAAACAAUAUUAACUGGAGACUGUUGCUAUAUAAACCCACUGGUGCGCAGGACUGUCAGGUUCCUUGGCAUUUAUGCAUUUGGACUUUUUGCAACAGACAUAUUUGUAAAUGCUGGACAAGUAGUAACUGGGAAUCUUGCACCUCAUUUCCUUGCACUUUGCAAACCCAACUACACAGCUCUGGGAUGUCAGCAGUUUACACAGUUCAUCAGUGGUGCAGAGGCUUGCUCUGGAAAUCCUGAUCUUGUCGUGAAAGCCCGAAAAACUUUUCCUUCCAAAGAAGCAGCUCUGAGUUUAUAUGCAGCAACAUACAUCACUAUGUACAUCACCCACACAAUAAAGGCCAGAGGAACCAGGCUGGCAAAACCAGUUCUUUGCUUGAGCAUCAUGUGUAUGGCAUUUCUUACUGGUAUCAACAGAGUAGCAGAAUAUCGAAAUCACUGGUCAGAUGUGAUAGCAGGAUUUCUAGUCGGUAUUUCAAUAGCUGUGUUUUUGGUGAUAUGUGUGGUUAAUAAUUUUAGAGGUAGGCAACCAGAACAUGAACAGUCGCACAUGGACAAUCUGGGGCAAAUGUCUAUGAUCAGCAUCCCUCGGGUAGAACAUUCUGUAGUAAAGAACCACCUCACAGCCUUUGCCGAAGUCACAUGAUGGAGAAAGGGAUGUCUACUCGCUACAUUGGACGUCAUCUCUUUUCACAGUUCACUCGUAAUGACUGAAACAAUUUCAAUAUUAAAGAAAAACUGAUUUGGUCUUAGAAUCUGAUCUAACAGCAUUAAGAUUUACAGCAGCCUAGGAAGAAUAUGCCUGAGUUAAGAAUAUUUUCCAACUCCAACCAAAAGCAUUGUACCAUUUAGGGAUUGGGUGGGAAAGAGUGAACCUCAGCAUGUCAUAUAAACAUACCAUUUCCCCUGUUCCGGCAUAUUUAUUUCCUAACUUGGUCAUGUAAGUAUUAGACUGUAUUCCAAGGAGAUCUGGUCUUUAAAAUUCAGCAUGACACUUAACUCCCAUUUAAACUGAUUUCAGUGUACACUUUUCUAAAAGAAUCUUAUCCAGAACUCAGAUGCCGCUGGCACUUCCUAUUAUAUAUUUCUCAUACCACAUUUCUUAAGACUGGUGCUUCUGUUUUUGAAGAAAAAAAUGCCAUUUAUACUCUAAUAAGUAUUCUAUUGUUAUUUUAAAACAAAUUAUUUAUUUCGAUAUUUUCCUGACUUCAUGUGGUUGAAUAGUUGAUUUUGUAGUUCUUCAAAUGUCUUCAAUGUACCCUGUUGUUAGGAUUAGAAAUGAGAACAUGUAGACAUUGGGGUAGAUUAUUCUUUUAUUAUCAAACACUAACUGAAGAUUUAUAACUCCAAACCUGUUGCCAGCAUAUUCGUAUACCUACUCAUUCAUAACAUACCAUUAUUGCUUUUUAUGGAUAGUAGCUAAAGGUUACGGGAUUUAGAAAACGCACUUGUCAAAGUAGUUUUAAAGCCUUUGAUUCUGUCCUUUACAUAUUGGGAGCAAUAAUUAGAAUAUACUUUGUUCCCAGUGGGGGCAGAGGAUACCACUCCCCACUCCUGCUUAGUGCUGAACCAGCAAUCAUCCCCCCUCCCACUGUUUUUUAAACCUCAGAGAAUAAAGAUUCAAAGUGCAAACGGAAGGGUGGCGGGUGAAAUGAAUGACAGAUAUUGCUAUCUUGUAACCAAGUCUUCCUCUUUCACCAGCAGAUGAAGUAGAAUUGUGCAAUAUUUCUUCAUUUGCAUUACAAUGGAUAUCUGUAUAAUCUCUACUCUGCAGUAGGUACAAUUAGAUUUAGGGAAAAGAAUAAGUCACAGAUCAUGUACAGUGAUCUCAUCCCAUUGGCCUCAAAUAAUGUGAUUUUUGAGGAGCAGUUCACGUUUUAAUAGUCUAAAUUCUCAAUAUUUGAACACUGUCUCUUGAUACGUUUGCUUCCAUUUCAUUUCUUCCACUUCCUAACCCCCAUCCCCACCUAAAAAUGUUCCAUUGCUGUGAUCCACCUUAAAUCUGGUCAUGGUACAGUUAUCACUUUUAGUAUAAUAGUUGCAAACAGGUGUCCUAUGGAACAUUAGUUCCCUCCUUUAUUGACAUGAAUGAAAAUUGAAUUUUGUCAUGGUAAGAUCUUAUCCCAAAGUCACCUCUUCUACUAAUACAUGGAAUAUUCUCUAGCUUAAUCUAGCUUCAAUGCAUAUAAUGGCCAAAAAUUGUUUAUGCCUUUCUUGAAAAUGAGAUUUAGGCUCCCAAAUAAAGGUAUUGCCACAUGAUGUUUCAAACAGUAGGAAAAAUAAAGCUGGGCUGUUUUACAUCUUGAAAGCCAGGAGAUUUAAUGUUUUAUAAUUUCUUUAAUUUGGGUUUUGUAGGUGGUGAGAGUCUUUGAAAGGUUUUGUUGAAAAAUGGUCUUCAAAAUAGUAUGAAGUUGAACCAAAGUAUUACCAUCCUUCCAAAUAUUUAUUCUGUAUCUCAGGUAAUCUUUUUGGAUAUGCCAGAAAAGCAUCAGACCAGAGAAUUAAGAGAGAGAAAAAAAUAAGUCUAAUGCAUAACUGCAUAUAUGUUCUUUUGGUUUUUUUAAGACCCAGUGAUUAUAAAAUUCAACACACUUUUACAGUGUGUCGCCAGUCUUAUUAAAAAAACAUCAAAUAUUAAUACCUAACUCACCAUGGCAAUCUAAGAUGUGUGGGAGGGAAUGCGCAGCAUCACCCAUGUAAUUUACAUUUUCAGAAACUUUCAGAGACUUUUGGAUGAGUUCCAGCAUAAAUGAAAUAUUUUCAAAUAACACAUUUCACUAAAACGUUAGACACUCACCUGCUUUUCUUUCACUUAAAACAACAGGGCUUAACGUGCUGAGCUUUAGUUGGAUCAGGCCGUUUUCUUUCUAUUAAUUAUUUUGAACAUGCACAGAAUCAAACCCAACAGGGAGAGACAAUCCUGCUUUUUGAUUAUCAUUGAAACGCUAACUGUACCAUGAAAGUUACAAAUGUAGUUAAUAAAAAGUCACAAAGGGUUGCAGUGUGUUUGAUACGAAGCUACCCAUGUUUUGCCCUUAGAGAGAGUGCUUUAUCCUAGACAAAAAGAUGAAUUCUGUGUAGUACAACCGUCAGUUUUUAAAAAGAUGAAUGUAGCAGAUCUCUGAUAGUCUACAAUUAUUCCCAUUUCAUUUUGUUCAAUAGAACACAGCCAACUUAAUGAUACCAUGAAAAAAAAAAGUCUACAGUGUUAGCAGAAUCAUAUAGCGCAACCUUUUCCUGAUAACUGAUACCACAGAAUGUAGAUAGGUACAAAUAUUAUUUGCUAUUUUUGUGUAAGUUAAAAUGUCUCUGAAUAUAAGAAACAAAAGUCACAAAAAGCAGUUAAUAAAUAAUAAUAAUAAUAAUAUUUUAAUUUGUAUACCGCCCUUCUCCCGAAGGACUCAGGGCGGUGAACAACCAAAUAAAAUACAAACACAGACAGAUACAAUAUUAAAACAGCCCUUAAAAAACUUAUUCAAUUUGUCGAAAAAAUUUAAAAUAUAAAUUACACCCAUAAAAUUACAGAAAUUUAAAACCCAAUUAAAUUUAAAAUUUUAAAAUUAAGCCAGUCCAGCCAUACGAAAUAAAUAGGUUUUAAGUUUGCGGUGAAAGGUCCUAAAGUCAAGCAAUUGUCGAAGUCCAGGGGGAAGCUCGUUCCACAGGGUAGGAGCCCCCACAGAGAAGGCCCUCCCCCUGGGGGCCGCCAGUCGACAUUGUUUGGCUGAUGGCACCCUAAGGAGUCCCUCUCUGUGGGAACGCACCGGUCGCUGGGAGAUAGAAGACGGCAGUAGACGGUCCCGUAAGUAACCCGGUCCUAAGCCAUGGAGCGCUUUGAAGGUGGUAACCAAUACCUUGAAGCGCACCUGGAAGACAACAGGUAGCCAGUGCAGUCUGUGCAGGAUCGGUGUUACAUGGGAGCUCCAAUGUAUAUUGUUACAAUAUAUAUGAUCGGUAUAGGGCCCUUGACUUAAAAUAUUUUUUUCUAUAAACUAGGUAAUAAUAACUGCAUUAAGACUGAAUUUUUCCACCUUGUCAACCAACAUAG